CUAAAAACUAACACACGUCCUUCACGUAUUACUAACCCUAAUUAGCUAAAACACCAAACACAACCGCGUCGUCUCUUCAAUUCCCUGGAAAUUCCAAACCGUUCACUCUCUGCCAUUGAUAUUCAUCAAGUUGGUGGAAAAUCGCAAGAGGUGCUGAAAUUUCGAAGGGAUUUACGGCUCAAUAGUCUGCUGAAAUUUCUGAGUGCUAUAUAGUACGAGAUGACUUAUCGCAAGAGGGUUAGAUCUGCUGCUAAAACAGAUGGUACACAUGGUCCAGAUACCGCACAUACCUCAUCUUUGAGUGAAGAGGCCUCACAACCCACCAAAAAACAUGCUACUGAACCACAAUCAUCUCAGGUUUCUUCUAUUACUACUGCUGUCAAAUUUGGACCGUUUUCUCCACAAGGUACACUUACAUCAGUGGUUGCACCUCCAUGUUCGAUUACAUCAAAAAGUGCAUUGCAAACCGAAGACAUACUCGGAGCUAUAUGGAAAAGGCCACCUACUUCCUUACCAUCAAGUUCACUUAUGACAACAACUAAAGAUAAAGCUUUCAUCCACGAUCUCACCUGAAGUUCCGACUAGUAUUCCACCUUCUAAUACAUCAAAAUCACAAAAACACCCUUCUACUUCCUCUGGUCAUGUCCCACCUCGUAUCUCGCCUGCUAGUCAUAUCUCACCUAAUAUGCCACCCAAUAUGCCACCUAUUAUCCCACCUUCUACUCAUAUUAAACCAUCCUCAAGAGCUUCUCAGAACAAUCAACAACAAAACAAUAAUGAAAAACCAAAAGAGAACUCAACAAAAUCGAAGUCCCUAAGGGUGAAGUCAUAUCCGGAUUGGCCUGUAGAUAUAGAUUUUGAUGACAAGGAGGAGGUUUUGACCAUUGAUGCGAAGCGUAAUGUUAAACUGGUGAGUGGUUCUAUUCAAACAAUCGACGUCUGGAGUAACAACGGCGUUAAAUACUAUGUUGAAUUCAAUGACCUUUACCAACCGCUUAGGAAAGGUGGCCAAAUGUUGGUCAGAUUCGUUGGUAGUAUUGCAAAGGUAGAGGAAUACUGUCCACUUGGAGAACGGGAGUGGCCUGAUAUCGAUGCAGAUGUAAAAGCUAAGAUGAUAGAACAAAUAAGAGAUCGCUUUGUUAUUCCUGAUCAUCCGGAAUAUAACAAACAAAUCCUAAAGCGUGCCAAUAAAAGUUGGAGGAAAUAUAAACACUCUCUUAAGGGGACUUACUACAAACCAAAUGAGAAAACAGUCGCUCAGAUGUGCGAUGCUGUGCCACGACAUGGAAUUAGCAGUGCUCAAUGGAGAAAGUUGGUUAAGUAUUGGGAUUCGGAUGAAGGGCAAAAACUUUCAGAAUAUGGAAAGGCUGCACGGGCCGCUCAAAAUCAAUUUCAUAGAUCUGGUUGUAACAGCUAUGCGAAUCAACAAGCUGAUUAUGAAGACGAGCAUGGAAAAGAAUGAGCUUAUUAGCCCUUUGGGUAAAGUCUCAUUCCGGCAAGGACGGGACCUUUCUUCCAGGCACAGACACAGUCACUGAAGAUUUUGUGGAUGAUGCAAAGGCUAAGAUGGAAACGUUGAGGACUGUAGAUCCUUCUAAAUUUGAACAAGAACUUGAAAAUGCAGCUUUUGAGGACACUAUGCAUGGUGGAAAGAUUCCCGAACGCCCUGUAGGGUACGGACUUGGAGUUCGAAAGAGAGACGUUUAUGGGGUGCAUGGUGUGCUAAGGAAGCAAGGGUAUGGGAAAGUUCGAGAGAGGACCGUAGUACAGAUGGAAAGUGUGAAAGAAGAAAUGUCAGCA